AGUGUUUUACGCACGCUCUUACGUACACCUCCAAUAUCCUCGUCUUCGCUCUGCUCGUAAGCGAUGUCGUCGUCACCCCAGACCGCAGCAGCCGGCGGUGUCUCUGCCACCGCCGUGCCGCACGAGUGGACCUCCACGUGGAACCUCUUCGACGAGCGACACACCGGCGCCGUCUCGCACACGGACCUGAAGCACAUCCUGCGCAGCCUUGGCCGCCGCUACACCGAGACGGAGUUCAACGACCUGCUGCGGCCCCUGCCCAACCCGGCCCCCUUCGACGCCUUCGUGAAGCUCAUGCAGCAGCCGUAUACCGGUCCCACCGAGGACGACCUCAUCACUGCGCUGCGCGCCUUCGAUGUGGGGGACUCGGGCAGUUUGAAGCUGUCGGAGUUGAUUACACUCCUCACCACGCUGGGGGAGAAGAUGCCGGAGGCGGACGUGCGCCAGCUCCUGGCGGAGGUGCCGACGGAUGAGAAGGGUCGCGUGCGGAUCGACGAGCUCGCCACGUACCUCUGCACACCGGUGCCGACGACGACGCCAGACAUUGUGGAGCUGCAACGGCAGCUGGACCAGGUGAACACCCCUAGCGCUGCCGCCGGUAGUGGUGGUGGCGUCGCGACGAGCUCGUCGUAG